UGUGCGCAAAAGGGCUCGCCUGGGCCCCCGCGCCACCGCGUUCUGCCAUCGGGCCGGACACGCCUGCUGGGCCGCUAGUUCCCAUGGGCAGCCCCUGGAACUGCAGCGACGGCCAGGAAGGUGCUCGGGAACCGCCGUGGGCAGAACUGCCACCGUGCGACGAAGGCCGCUGCUCAGCCUUCCCGCUAGGGUCCCUGGUGCCGGUGACUACCGUGUGCCUGGGCCUGUUCGCAGUCGGGGUGACUGGCAACAUGGUGACUGUACUGCUCAUCGGACGUUACCAGGACAUGAGGACCACCACCAACCUGUACCUGGCCAGCAUGGCCGUGUCCGACCUGUUCAUCCUGCUCGGACUCCCUUUCGACCUGUACCGCCUCUGGCGCUCGCGGCCCUGGGUGUUCGGGUCUCUGCUCUGUCGCCUGUCGCUCUACUUGGGCGAGGGCUGCACCUCCGCCACGCUGGUGCACAUGACGGCUCUCAGCGUCGAGCGUUACUUGGCCAUCUGCCGCCCGCUGCGGGCCUGCGUCCUCGUCACCCGGAGCCGCGUCCCUGUGCUCAUCGCUGCGCUCUGGGCGGCGGCGCUGCUCUCCGCGGGGCCCUUCUUCUUUCUGGUGUGCCUCCAGCAGGACCCAGGCAUCUACGAGCUGCCAGAAUUUAACAGGACUGAGCAGGUUACUCUGUCACCUGGAGCGCCGCCGUCCCCGCCUUCCGGGCCCGAGGCCGCAGCGCUGUUCAGCCGCGAGUGCCGGCCGAGUCGCGCGCAGCUGAGUGCGCUGCGCAUCAUGCUGUGGGUCACCACUGCCUACUUUUUCCUACCUUUCCUGUGCCUCAGCAUCCUCUACGGGCUCGCUGGGCGGGAGCUGUGGAAGACCCGGGGUCUGCUGCAAGGCCCGGCUGCCUUGGGACGGGAAAAGGACCAUCGGCAGACCGUCCGCGUCCUGAUAGUCGUGGUUCUGGCAUUUAUAGCUUGCUGGUUGCCUUUCCACAUUGGCAGAAUCAUUUACAUAAACACGGAAGACACCCGAAUGAUGUACUUCUCUCAGUACUUUAACAUUGUUGCUCUGCAACUUUUCUAUCUCAGUGCAUCCAUCAACCCUAUCCUCUACAACCUCAUUUCCAAGAAGUAUAGAGCAGCUGCCUGUAAACUGCUGCUCACAAGACCAUCCAAGCUGAGAGGAUUCUCUCCUCCAAGCCGGGAGGAUCCUAAGCAGGACACUGGAGAAGACAGUGCUGGCUACACAGAGACAAUGACUAACUCAAAGACAAUGGCCUAACCAGCCCAGCAAAGCCAGUUCUGGGAUUCUGGGGACAACAGAUCUGUACAGACAUAAGUGCAAGUGAGGGGUGGAUGCUGUUAAGAAGACUGGAGAGUGGUUACAAUUUUGCAAGUUGGUUAAGAAAUUGUCAACAAGAUUUUUUUUUAACCAAGGUAUGAAAUGUAACUACUCCAAUCAUUCUAGUCUCUCUUUCAUGUAUCUACAUUCACUUUAGCAUCAUGAAAUGCCACAAAAUUUGCUCUGGAAAGGUUUGUAGUUCUUCAUUCAUUCUCUUCCUUUUUUGGAAUAUGACUGCUCAUUUUAUAGUUAAGUGAUACAGAGAGACAUUGCCUCCUAGAUCAGGGGUGUAUUUUGUUUUUAUGUUUGAGAUAUAAAUACAGUGAUGCACACACAAGGAACCAAGAUAAUGAGAAACUGGAUCCAAGGAAUUAUUUAAUGCCUAUGUAGGGCAGCAAAAACUUUUAGUAGCAAGUAAGAAAAAUUUUGAAGAUAGGCUUCAGUGUUCAGGGGUCCCACACUCUCCAGAUUGGGAGUAAAUCAUAAUGUUAAGGCACAAUAUCUUCUUUAAGAACUACAGUGGAUAGAACUAUUGCAACUUACCAAGUUGCAUUAUAUAAAGGUACAA